AUGCCAAGGACAUCAAGCCCCAGUGGUAACUCCUCAAGCCAUGCAGGGUCUCAACCAUCGUAUCAAAGUCCUCAGACCCUCGCAUCCCCUUUUGCCAACCGCAAGCCACCAUCAUCAUCACCAUUGAGCAACAAGCCAAUUGAGGUUCUGCAGGAUCUCGAGUUACGACUUGAUGCUCUUCUUAAGCGUCAUGAGUCAAUACAGACUGACCGAGAGGAGAUAUAUCAUUUCAGACAAAACGCAAUAUCCCUCUGUUCGCACAUAGAGCUAUUGCUGGAUCAGGCCUGUAGUAGUGGUGCCGAGGAUCAGGUCGAGCAUCUGCAAGAGUGGUUCAAUUCUACUAGUAUGAUAGUGAAUUUCUUAGCUAAGAUUUGGAUUAAGCUGAUCUAUGAGGAUUCGAGAAUAAAGCUAGACCUCGGUAGUGCUGUACUGGAAGCAGAGGAAGCCUUGAAGAACAUCGCGGGCUGA